AUGUCUGCUAACACAUCAACUUUUCCAAACCUUUACCGUCCCCUCACCGCCACCAACGAGGAGAGGUUAGGUGGCUUCACCGCGGAUCGUCCUCAGACGGAUGGUACUGGAAACGGCCUCGGUGACGAGCUCGAUCAAAGCUCUGACGAGUGGCAGUCUUCGACUAUCGAUGCGGCCGCUGCGGUUGAGGGAGACGGCCAGCAUAAUGGCAGUCAGAGCGUAGACGGCCGGAAGAUCCAACGUUGUCGAAUGGCCUUUUCCGCCACGGAGAUCAGAGCUCUGGAGGGUGAAUUCGAAAAGACCCACUAUCCAGACGUCUUUGCCCGUGAGAAGCUGGCCACCAGGCUGUGUCUAGCUGAAGCGCGCAUUCAGGUCUGGUUCUCCAACCGCAGAGCUAAGUGGCGUCGAGAGGAGAAGCUGCGCCUGGCUGGACAAGAACAGCCAAAACAGCAGCAGCAGCAUCAGCAUCAGCACUCAAAGAAAAUGGAGGCCAGUAGAUGCGAGCACACUGGCUGGCGUGAGAAGAGGAGUAAGAGCGAACAGGAGGAGAUCGGUGGCCAUAUGGCUGGCGAGACGGAUGAUUGUGAAACUUCUGUGGACCGACAGCAGUUUCAACACACCUACUCGGCCUUUCGGUCCGCACCUCCAUCCGACGACUCCGCGGAAAUGUACCAUGAUAUGCGAGGUGCGUCUUCCUCCUCAUCCGGCUCCUCCUCUUCCUUCUCCUCUUGUUUACCUGCAUCCUUCCUCUCCUCCCUCACACAUCCUCAUCCUACUCCUGUUCCUCCUCCUUCUUUCCUUCCCGCUCAUCCUCAUGCUCAUCCUUCCCUCCUCUCCCGCCUGCCCCCACUCUUGCUCCUAUCCUCUCCUCCUCCGCCUCCCCCUCCUCCUCCUCCUCCUAUCCUUCUUCUUAAUGGCAUUUGA